AUGGCCAUUACUAGAAGGCAAAGGGAAAGCUCCAGCACCACGGAGGAAAGAACCCCUUCCAAUUCCCUAGGCCCAAUAGGCAGUGCCCUGAGCACGAAGUUGGGGCCCAGGCCUGUGGUGAUGACUGGGGGCAUCUUGGCUGCGCUGGGGAUGCUGCUUGCUUUUUUUGUUACCUCCUUGACCCACCUAUACCUGAGUAUUGGGCUGCUGUCAGCCUCUGGUUGGCCCCUGCCCUUCUCUCCGCCCCUGGCCUGCCUCUCCCGUUACUUCUCCCGACGUCGCUCUCUGGCCAUGGGACUGUCGUUGACUGGAGUGGGCCUCUCCUCUUUUGCAUUUGCCCCCCUCUUCCAGUGGCUAAUCAGCAACUAUGCCUGGAGGGGCGCCCUCUUGCUAGUUUCUGCCCUCUCCCUACAUCUGAUGGCCUGUGGUGCUCUACUCCGCCCACUCUCCCUGACUGAAGACACUUCUGUGGGUGGCCCUGGGGCCCAGCUCACCUCCCUCUUCCAUCAUGGCCCCUUCCUCCGUUACACUAUUGCCCUCACUCUGAUUAACACCGGUUACUUCAUUCCCUACGUCCAUCUGGUGGCCCAUUUGCAGGACCUGGGUUGGGACCCGCUGCCUGCUUCCUUCCUACUAUCAGUGGCUGCCAUUUCUGACCUCAUAGGCCGUGUGGGAUCUGGUUGGCUGGGGGAUGCAGUUCCGGGACCUGUGGCACGUCUGCUGAUGCUUUGGACAACCCUGACUGGGGUGUCAUUAGCCCUGUUCCCUGUGGCGCAGGCUCCCACAACCCUGGUGGUUCUGGCUGUGGCCUCUGGCUUCACAUCAGGGGCCCUGACCCCAGUGGCCUUCUCCGUGCUUCCUGAACUGGUGGGGACUGGAAGGAUUUACUGUGGCCUGGGACUGGUGCAGAUGAUAGAGAGCAUCGGGGGGCUAUUGGGAGCUCCUCUAUCAGGCUACCUCCGGGAUGUGACAGGCAACUACACAGCUUCUUUUAUGGUGGCUGGGGCCUUCCUUCUUGCUGGAAGUGGAGUUCUUAACACUUUGCCCCAUUUCUUCUCCUGCAUCUCAGCUUCUACCUCCAGACCCAAGGACCUUGUAAUAGAGCCACUGGAUACCAAAAUUCCCCUGCCCAAGAAGGAGGGCUUGGGAGAAGACUGAACUCCCCCAGGGGGCAGUGGUCAUGGAAAGCCAAAGCUUGACAGCACCAGGUCUUCUGCCCCAUCAAGGCAUGCGUCCACAGAAGCAUAGUGCCUUAGGAUUCUUGAUCUGCCUCCACCAGCAGACCUGGGGUUCCUGCGAUUUAUGUGCCAACCCUUUGUAUUUUGUUGAUGACUCUUAUAUCAUCUCCUUUGUUCUCCCAAGCUUUUCUGAAGGCUCCAGGAGAUCUCAGCCCACUGAGUUCUGAAUCAAAUCUGAGAAUCAAAGCCCAAGAGUCUUCUCAUGUUUUAUAUGUGGUUUCUGGUGUUCCUUGGAUAUAAAACAAAUAAGGAAACUGGACAAUAAUUGAAACCUCAAAAAGAGCUGGAGGUCCAGGUUCUUGGGGCAGCUAAUAGGGCCAUGGCUGAACAAAGGAGUGGAGACAUCCAUGAGCUCUGGUGACCCAAGUUCUUCCUUCCCGUCCACUUAGCUCCCUCUUCUCCACUAGUCCUGUGAUAGAAGGGAAAAACGAAGAGAAAAGUCUAUGUGUGGAGGAAGGUGGCUUGGGAGCCGAAGCUGCAACCUAAGAUUCUUGUACUUUGAGACAGAGCCUCACCAUGUAGCCCAGGCUGCUCUUGAACUUGAGACCUGGCCUCCUCCCAAGUGCUGGGAUUACAGGUACUCACAACCAUACCCACGUGGAUUUUUGUUUUUCUCAGGCUAACAAAGGCAAAUCAAAUUCAAGAAGAAGUAUGAUGUUUGGGAGCUGGAAAAAAGGCUCAUCAGUUAAAAGCACUUCCCGCUCUUCCAGAGGGCCAGAGCCACCCUCACAACCACCUAUCAAUCCGGAUCCAGGGGAUCUGGUGUCCUCUUCUGACUUCCGUGGACACCCAUAUACAUGGGGCAUACUUUCACACAAAUAACUUUCACACAUAUAACACAUAUAACUUUCACACAUAUAGCAUAAAUGUCAAUCUUUUUAAAAGUAGGUCUGUAGAGAGAGCUCAGCAGAUUGCUUGCUGCUCCUCCUGGUGACCUGUUUGGCUCAGGGUGUCCACACCAGGCAGCUCACAAUUGCCUGUAAGUCCAGCUCCAAGAGAUCAGGCCUCCACAUACCCACAUAAAUAAAAAUGUAAAGUAUGGGGUUUAGGAUAUGUCCCCUAACAAACUGAAAAUGACUAGCUCACAACUUCUCAAAGACCCUCUUAAGGCAAGGAUUGAGCAAAGGAAAACUGACUGGACAGGCAUCCUUCCUUACUGCCAGAGCCACUGGGGCCCAGUUGUUUUCAGCUAGUUUGUUUGUUUUUCAACAGAGUCAGAUAAAAAUCCUUUAUUAGGGAAGGGGCUCAAAU